AACAAAAGAGAGGACUGCAGCUGGUGCAGAAAGUGCUUUGCAGGAAUUGUGCGAUGAGGGGAACCCAGGAAAGAAGUCCUGUCAUCUGUUAGCACUGAAAGGCAUAUAUCUCUAUUAGUAUAUGACUAUAUUAGGGCUUCAGACAACUUCUGACAGAAGAUUGCACGUUGGCUUGCAUUUCCUCUCUCUAGCUAAGUAAACUGACACUGAAUGACAAUGGAUUGGUUCAGCUUCGUUCCAGCAGGCUUAGUUGUAGUCCUGAUUCUCCUGCUGGUUCUGAAAAGAGAAUAUUUCUGGAAUAAACAUGCAAAAGGGGCCUUUCCACCAGGACCCAGGCCUCUACCCAUCAUAGGAAAUCUGCAUAUCCUGGAUCUGAAGAGGCCUUAUCGGACAAUGCUAGAGCUGUCCAAAACAUAUGGACAAGUCUUCAGCAUUCAGAUGGGACAAGAAAAAGUAGUAGUGCUGUCAGGAUACGAAACAGUGAAGGAAGCUCUGGUGAACCAGGCAGAUGCGUUUGCAGGGAGACCAGAUAUCCCCAUCCUUGGAACAGCAAUAAAAGGAAUUGGACUUAUAUUCUCUAAUGGAGAAAACUGGAAAGUGAUGCGAAGAUUUACUCUCACAACCUUACGAGAUUUUGGAAUGGGCAAGAAGGCUAUAGAGGACUUCAUUGUAGAAGAGUGUAGAAGCCUGGUAGACACCAUUGAGAUGCACAAAGGGAAACCCCUGGAGAUGACCCUUACACUGAAUGCAGCUGUUGCAAAUGUCAUUGUGUCCAUACUGCUUGGUAAACGGUAUGACUAUGAAGAUCCCACAUUCAAAAAGCUCCUGUCUUUGGUGAAUGAAAAUGUCAGGCUUAUUGGAAGUCCAUCAGUUCAGUUGUACAAUGCAUUCCCAGUCCUUGGAUUCCUCCUGAAAGAUCGCAAAACCGUUGUGAAGAACAGAGAUGAAAUUGGUGAUUUUAUCAAGGUCACUUUUCUAGAACAUCUCAAGACCCUUGACAGAAAUGACCAGAGGAGUUUCAUUGACUCUUUUCUUGUGCGACAACAAGAGGAAAAGGGUAAACCUAAUGGGUACUUCCAUAAUGACAACUUAAAUGAGGUUGUGAGAAAUCUAUUUGCAGCUGGCAUGGAGACUACAUCCUCCACUUUGCGCUGGGGCCUUCUGUUAAUGAUGAGAUAUCCUGAAAUUCAGAAAAAAGUCCAAGAAGAGAUAGAGCAGGUGAUAGGAUCAAAUCAACCACGAACUGAACAUCGAAGUCAAAUGCCAUACACAGAUGCUGUUAUCCAUGAAAUUCAGCGAUUUGCUAAUAUCCUGCCAUUGAACUUGCCUCAUGCAACUACUGUAGAUGUCACUUUCAAAGGUUACUUCAUCCCCAAGGGAACCUACGUCAUCCCCUUGCUGACUUCUGUCCUGCGAGACAAAACACAGUGGGAGAAACCWGASAUGUUCUAUCCUGAGCAUUUCCUUGACUCYGAGGGGAAGUUUGUAAAGAGGGAUGCUUUCAUGCCAUUUUCAGCAGGACGGAGGAUAUGUGCUGGUGAAACUCUUGCCAAAAUGGAGCUCUUCCUCUUCUUCACAAGUCUUCUGCAGCACUUCACCUUCCAACCUCCUGCUGGCGUUUCUAUCUCAGAUCUGGACUUCACUCCUGCUGUUGGGAUCACAACCCCUCCACUGCGUCAUGAGGUCUGUGCAGUUCCACGAUCCUAGAACUUAGCUCAGACAUGAUCCUUCUUCCAAAACAUCAGAUAAAAUAUCCUAGUCUUUCUUUAGUCACACAUCUGCAGUUUGGUACUUCAGAAUCCAAGACAGGAUUUAUAGCCCAACCAAACCUCACAUCUUGGCUCAAGGUGUUUCAUCCACCUUUACUCCAGAGGUGAGUUCUGACCCCCAAAAGUGGUGGUCACUGAAAGAGCAUAUCACACAAAACAUAACAAAAUCACACACACGCACACACAAAUAUAACUUCAUAGUGUAGCAAAACAACGUUAGAUGUCAACCUGACUUAGAACCACAGAAGACCAUCACAUGAAAGUAAAUGGAAAUCCACUGGAUGGAAGCUGAUAAUGAUUUGGUUGACUUCAGAAUAAUGUAUACAUUGAUGAG